GCGGCUAAAACCUCAACUCUCUUCUUCUCCUCUCUCUCUCUCUCUCUCUCUCAAACCUCAAAACCCCAAAUCAAUGGCGGCCAUGACCGCAGUCCUCGCUCCUCCUUCACGCUCCUCAUCCUCUCUCUCCUUCUCUAGCCCGCGCUGCAGAGCUCCAGCUUUCUCUUGCUCCUCACACAACUCUCAGCGCCCCAAGAGACAAUCUCUUAUAAAGCGCCACUCUUCUCAAGAACCCAAUAAUAAUGAGAUUGAGGCUGUUUCUCAGAAGAGGUUUCCUGGGAGAGGGAAGGAUGAGGCUUCUUCGAGCUCGAGCGCGUUGAAAUCGUUUGGGGUGCAGAAGAAGGAGAAGGGUUUGGUUUAUGAGCAGGUCAAUGACAUGGGAAAUCUUCAAGAUGCAGCUUUUCUUAAUGCUGUUGUUAAGGUUUAUUGCACCCAUACUGCACCUGAUUACUCACUUCCUUGGCAAAAACAAAGGCAGUUUACUAGCACCGGAAGUGCUUUUAUGAUUGGCGAUGGAAAACUUUUGACAAAUGCUCAUUGUGUUGAACAUCAUACCCAGGUUAAAGUCAAGAGACGGGGUGACGACACCAAAUUUGUUGCUAAGGUUUUAGCUAGAGGUGUAGAAUGCGAUAUAGCAUUACUCUCGGUUGAGAGUGAGGAAUUCUGGAGAGGAGCUGAACCACUUCGCUUUGGGAGGCUUCCAUCCCUUCAGGAUGCAGUAACUGUAGUUGGCUACCCGCUUGGCGGAGAUACUAUAUCUGUUACCAAGGGUGUUGUAUCACGUAUUGAGGUCACUUCGUAUGCUCAUGGGGCAUCUGAUCUCCUUGGCAUUCAAAUUGAUGCAGCUAUAAAUCCUGGAAACAGCGGGGGUCCUGCAUUCAAUGACCAAGGAGAGUGUAUUGGAGUAGCAUUUCAGGUGUACAGGUCUGAAGAUGCUGAAAAUAUUGGAUAUGUGAUUCCCACUACUGUUGUAUCCCAUUUCUUGAAUGACUAUGAAAAAAAUGGGAAAUAUACGGGAUUUCCUAGCCUUGGCGUUUUACUUCAAAAAUUAGAGAAUCCAGCGUUGCGUACAUGCUUAAAAGUGCCAUCUAAUGAGGGUGUGUUAGUCAGGAGAAUUGAACCCACUUCUGCAGCUUAUAAUGUUCUAAAAGAGGGGGAUGUUAUUGUAAACUUCGAUGGCGUUCCCGUAGGGAGUGAAGGAACAGUUCCAUUCCGCUUGACAGAGCGUAUUGCUUUUCGCUACCUUAUAAGCCAAAAGUUUGCUGGCGAUGUUGCAGAAGUUGGUAUAAUCCGAAAUGGGGCACCUAUGACAGUUAAGACUGUUCUGCAGCCUCGUGUGCAUUUAGUUCCAUAUCACAUUGAAGGGGGGCAACCUUCAUACUUUAUUAUUGCAGGUCUUGUGUUCACACCACUUUCAGAACCCUUAAUUGAAGAGGAGUGUGAAGAUGCAAUUGGGCUAAAAUUAUUGGCGAAGGCACGUUAUUCUCUGGCACGGUUUAAAGGGGAAGAAAUUGUGAUUUUAUCACAGGUAUUAGCGAAUGAAGUGAACAUUGGCUACGAGGAUAUGGGCAACCAACAAGUUCUCAAGCUAAAUGGAACUCAAAUAAAAAAUAUCAGACACCUCGCUCACCUUGUUGACUCAUGCAAGGACAAAUACUUGGUGUUCGAAUUUGAGGACAAUUUUCUUGCUGUUUUAGAACGAGAUGCAGCUUCCACUGCCUCGCCUUGUAUUCUAAAGGAUUAUGGAAUUCCAUGUGAAAGAUCUUCAGACUUACUGGAGCCAUAUGUAGAUUCUGAAGAUAACCAAGUAAUGAACAAGGAGGAAAUUGGAGACAGCCCUGUUACAAACUUGGAAAUUGGCUUUGAUGGAUUGCUGUGGGCGUGAUAAAAUCAUCGUGCAAAUUUCUCUUAAUUAGAAGUCGCUUCUCUUAAUAUUUUCACUGAGGAAGUUGCCAUGAGGAUAUGAUGAGCAUAUUAUUGGAAUAGGCGAAGCCAGGCACUUGCAGAGUUUCAAUGAAACGGUUCGGUGGGCAUUUUUUUUUUCACGCGAAAUGUCACUUAUUUAUUGUACCAUGUGCUCGUGCAACAAAUUUUGUAAGCUUCCAUUUAUAAUAAAAUCAUUAAUUUUUUCC